CCAAGUUCAAAUACGCUCCCAAGCUAAUCCCCUCCUAAUCGCAGUUCUUUUUGCUAAUCUCUGAUUCUCUUUUGAAGAAGAUUCAAACACAAUCCCCAAUGGCCACCAUCCAGACCGUCAAGGCACGCCAGAUCUUCGACAGCCGCGGCAAUCCGACCGUGGAGGCGGAUGUAGUUUUAACAGAUGGUACUAAAGCCAGAGCUGCUGUUCCUAGCGGGGCAUCCACAGGAAUCUAUGAAGCCCUUGAAUUGAGAGAUGGAGGGUCAGAUUACCUUGGGAAAGGUGUAUCAAAGGCUGUCGAAAAUGUGAAUACAAUUAUUGGGCCUGCUCUCGUUGGAAAGGACCCGAGGGAACAGGCUGCUAUUGAUAACUUCAUGGUUCAACAACUUGAUGGAACUGUAAACGAGUGGGGUUGGUGCAAGCAGAAGCUUGGAGCAAAUGCUAUACUGGCUGUGUCUCUUGCUGUUUGUAAAGCUGGAGCUAGCGUCCAGAAUAUUCCCCUUUACAAGCACAUAGCCAACCUUGCUGGAAACAAAAAGUUGGUUUUGCCAGUUCCUGCUUUCAAUGUUAUCAAUGGUGGAUCACAUGCAGGGAAUAAACUUGCUAUGCAGGAGUUCAUGAUUCUUCCAGUUGGAGCCUCUACUUUCAAAGAGGCAAUGAAAAUGGGUGUUGAAGUGUAUCACCAUUUGAAGGCUGUGAUUAAAAAGAAAUAUGGUCAAGAUGCAACAAAUGUUGGUGAUGAAGGUGGCUUUGCUCCAAAUAUUCAGGAGAACAAGGAAGGCCUUGAAUUGCUCAAAACAGCAAUAGCUAAAGCUGGUUAUACAGGAAAAGUUGUUAUUGGUAUGGAUGUUGCUGCAUCUGAAUUUUAUGGAUCAGAUAAGACCUAUGAUCUGAACUUCAAGGAAGAGAACAAUAAUGGCUCACAGAAGAUUUCAGGGCAGCAGCUCAAAGAUCUGUACAAGACAUUUGUCAAUGAAUACCCUAUUGUAUCGAUCGAAGAUCCAUUUGACCAAGAUGACUGGGAACAUUACUCCCUACUUACAAGUGAAAUUGGUGCAAGUGUACAGAUUGUGGGAGAUGAUCUCUUGGUCACCAAUCCAAAGAGGGUUGAGAAGGCAAUCAAGGAGAAAACUUGCAACGCGCUUCUUCUGAAGGUCAAUCAAAUUGGAUCUGUAACGGAGAGUAUUGAAGCUGUAAAGAUGUCCAAACUUGCUGGUUGGGGUGUAAUGGCCAGUCACCGCAGCGGGGAAACAGAGGAUACCUUCAUCGCUGACCUCUCUGUCGGUUUGGCAACGGGCCAAAUAAAGACAGGAGCGCCAUGCAGAUCCGAGCGUCUCGCCAAAUAUAACCAGCUCUUGCGAAUCGAGGAGGAGCUGGGUUCAGAAGCAGUUUAUGCGGGAGCGAGCUUCCGAGCGCCAGUGGAGCCUUACUAGAUAGACGCCCAGGCUGCUGAGCUGAAGACAGUUAGUUAUACUGUCUGGAAUUCUUGAAUUUUUGGCCUUGCAGUUAAUAAAGAAAUCCACAUGUAAAAUGGGUCAGUCUAAUUAGAAGACAAGACAGUCACCCUUCCUUCGUAAUUUAGAACUCAAAUAAAUUUUGAUUUUGUGCUCGAGAGUGAUAAA